AUGUUCGUCAUGUUCCUCGCCACCCUCGUCGCCGUCCUCGUUCUCCUCUCCCUGCGCAUACCCGCAGUAUGGCUCUCUUUCAUGGCCGUCGACGAACCUUCGGAUGCACACGAGCUCGGACUCGCCCUCGUCGCGGCUCGAAAUCCGUUUCGAGAAAGCGGGCCACCGGCCUGUAUGGCGAAGCUUAUCAUGCUCAGACACAAGCUCAAUCAGAACAGUGGCCGCAAACGCCGUUCAAGCCCACCCCCAAGCCCACCUCCGCGCCAGCUCCAACCCCAGCUCCCGCGCACGGUCUACGCCCUCCCGCCGCUCAACUUCCAGACCCGCCAACGACCCCUCGCGUGGGCCCGCUUCCCCAAAAACUUUGGAAAGCAGCAUUGUUGA